AUGGAAAGCACUAGUGACAAAAUGCUGGACCCCAUGUAUAACAUUCAUUUAGAUGAAAGCGACCAGAGCUCCCUGAACACAGGCGAGGAUAGCUUUGAGAAAGGCUUUGAGAAAGACUUUGAAGAUAUCUUAAGUGAGACAUCUUGUGAAUUGAACCAUUUGAUCGGGGUGAAAGUCAAAUAAGAUUGAGGAUUCUGGCAGAGACCCGACCUUUGAGAUUUUGACCAAGUAUAAGAUGAAAACUAAAGGGAGAGAGCACCAGAAGAAGGUUGUAAGGAAGUAUAGUGAGUAUGAGUGGUUGCAAUAUCAGCUGCAGAAAUCCUUCCCUGGAACUUUAAUACCAGACCUUCCAACUCUAAAAUCAAUUACUCAGCAUGAAGCUGCUUGCUCUUUUAAGUCGACCUCUGACUUGCCAGAUCCAGCAGAUAUAACCUUCUUCACUAACAAUGAGAAGACAAUUCUUUCAUACACCAAAAGCAUAGUGAGUAACAAAAGAUAUACCAAUUUUGUGAAGCUAAAGGAAUUUUUGACAAAUAGCGAAAAGAUUAAAAAUAUUCCUAACAUGAAUAAUGAUGACCCUCUUGUUCACAGCAAAAUCUUCAAAUUCAUAAAAUCUCAAUCACGGUCGCUUCUAGAGUACUAUCUAGGCUCCUCUACAAUCCCUGACGGUAUGAAGGACAUUGAGAUGAAGGGAAAGAACGAAGAGCUUAAGAGCCCUAAUGACCUCUCUGUGCCAGAAAUAGAACAUCUGCUGAAAGCAGUUAAGGAUUACAUCACAUCUAAUAUCAAGAACAUUGAAAGCCUUUGAGAAGAUCUCAGAGAAGUCAUGGUCCUUAUCGUCAAAGAGAAGAGCUGUUAUAAAGCUAUAGAAGAAGCACUUGAAGAAAUCUCAGAGAAAGAGAAUGAUCCAGAGCUCAAAACUUUGUAUGGAAAAACAGGUGAAACCUUUAGUUUACUCAGAAAGAAUCAGAAUAAGCUGGCUGCUGAUACUAAUAUUUCAAAGAUAUCUGAUCCUAAGACGAACUUGCUAAAGUUUGCAGAUUUUAAAGCUCUCUCUAAGUCUUAUUAUCUGUUGAAUCAAUAUUUAAAAGUAGAUAGAGCAAUCGAUAGACUCCUUGACUUAGCUAUUGAUGUAGAAGACCUUAAAAAUAUGUUAGAAAAGUUCAAAAACGACUCUGAUAAGCUAGAGACUUACAAAUCAGAAUACAACCACUAUCUCAACCUCUUAAGAAUAAACUUCGAAAGCCUGAGAGAGGACUCGACUAAGAUGCAGGAAAAAGAAGAGGAGAAUUUGAAGAAAAUAAUCCAUUCUUAUCACGUUUUCCAGAAAGUUUACCUGACUAAUCAAGAGGAAGUGCUUAAAUAAUUAAGGCUGUAGCUAUAAUUUCAAUAA